AUGAAUCACUUUUCCCGUGAAUCGCCCCAUGUUUUUCUACUGUGGUUUUCUGCAGGUAGUGCUUCUUUGGAAGGCCUUGCCGAGCCUGUUCUUCAUAGGACACCUGUAUGCAACGAGCUCCCACCUGCAGAGCUCAGAGAGGAUCAAAGGAGGCAGAAGAAAACAAGGCCACCUCUUGAGCAUGAGACUUCCUUCACCCAAAAGAAGAUAUCUAGUCCAUCUUCAUUACGAAAUGAAAAUGGUAUUGAUGUGGACCCAGCUGAGGAGGCAGUUACUCAAAAACCUCGAAGGAAGGCAAAAAAAACCAAGCCAGCAGAGUUACAGUAUGCCAAUGAACUAGGAGUAGAAGAUGAGGACAUAAUUACUGACGAGCAAGGAGUUCCAGAACAACGGUCUAGAUUCACUGCACCCACCGGAAUUAGCCAGCCUGUAGGCAAAGUAUUUGUAGAAAAAAGUCGGCGAUUCCAGGCUGCUGACCGUUCAGAGUUGAUAAAGACCACAGAAAACAUCGAUGUGACCAUGGAUGUGAAGCCUUGUGGGAGCACCAGAGAUGUGGCGCUUUCUGUGCACCGGGCCUUCAGGAUGGUUGGUCUCUUUUCUCAUGGCUUCCUGGCAGGCUGUGCUGUGUGGAAUGUUGGUGUGAUCUACGCGCUAGCAGGUGCACAGCUGUCGAACCUCCCCAACCUUCUGCUGCAGUACAAGACCUUAGCGUACCCAUUCCAGAGCCUCCUGUACUUGCUUUUGGCUCUAAGUACAGUCUCGGCGUUCGAUAGAGCUGACUUUGCUAAGACAUCAGCAGCAAUCCGAAAUUUUUUUGCCCUGGACCCAACAGCUUUAGCAUCUUUUUUGUACUUUGUUGCUCUUAUACUGUCUCUGAGUCAGCAGAUGACAAGUGACAGAAUCCACCUUUACACACCUUCUUCUGUUAACAGCAGUCUCUGGGCCGCGGGAAUUGAGGAACAGAUUCUGCACCCAUGGAUGGUGGUGAAUUUGGUGGUGGCCCUUCUGGUGGGAUUGUCUUGGCUAUUUUUGUCUUAUAGACCAGGCCUGGAUCUUAGUGAAGAGUUAAUGUUCUUCUGUGAUGUGGAAGAGUAUCCCGAUAAAGCCAUCAGAGCCCCUUCAUAGUAUCAACUCAUCUGCAGAGGAAUAAUGACCCAGUAUUUUUUCCACUUUUCAAAAAAAUGAAUUUAAAAGUUAUGUAUAUGUGUAUUUGUAACUGAUUUUUGAUUAUAUAAUACAGAAAAAUUUCUUGAUUAUAGAAAAAUGUUGAAAUUAUAUCUUCAAUUUAUAAUAAAACAUUAAUUUCCUUAGCCUUAUUAUAUUAAUGACAAAAGAGAGAAUGAUUUAGAAACCAGUAGAUAAGGGUUUAUUUCCUGCUCUGUCAAAUAUAUUUUCAUAAUUACCAUCUUUAAAAGACUAAUUCAGGGCCGGGGAUUUAGCUCAGUGGUUUCGCCGAGUCCGGUCCCUGGUAGCGAAAAAAAAGACUAAUUCAAAAAAAUCCUCGGGCCAGGGAUUUAGCUCAGUUCUGACACCUGCCUCACAAGCGCAAGGACCCAAGUUCAAUCCCCAGUACCAAAAACAAAAAAUCCUCAAUUUUAGUGUUAGAAAGUAUAUACCAAAUUGAAUUAUGGAUUUAGGGAAUAGAGGGUAAAAAUUUUUGUUACCUCCUUACUGAACAAAUUGAAACACAAAAUUUGUCUUUUCUGAAUCUUAGUUGUGUGUCAUGUGAUUAUUGUAAUUUUAAGAUACUUAAAUGCUAAUGAAACAAAUAGAUAAUUUUGUUUGAAAAGUU